GUGCAGGUGCUGGACAUGGACACAGAGGAUGACCCAUUGUUACAGGAUGCCUGGCUAGAGGAGGAAGAUGAAGAUGUGGCCUUCAGCUCCCGGAAGAGGCGCGAGGGUGCUCUGUUGUGUGGGAAAAGCCCGUGCAGAGUCAGGCCCCUGUGUGUCACCCUGCCUAUGUCUGGCUUCUGGAAUAUUGUUGGCUGGGUGUUUACCAACCCCUACUGUGCUGGCUUCAUCCUUUUCCUGGGCUGUGCCAUCCCUGCUGUGCUUGCUGUCGUCAUGUUCCUCCACUACCCCGCCCUGGACAUUGACAUCUCCUACAACGCUUUCGAGAUCCGCAACCACGAGUCCUCGCAGCGCUUCGACGCCCUCGCCUUGGCCCUCAAAUCCCAGUUUGGCUCCUGGGGGAGGAACCGCCGGGACCUGGCUGACUUUACCUCAGAAACCCUGCAGAGGCUCAUCUUUGAGCAGCUCCAGCAGCUCCACCUCAACGCCUCCCACCUCGGGGUGAGCGCGCGGGUGAGGCGCAGCCCCGCGGAGGGCAGGGGGAGCUCCCUGCAGCCCCAGCCCCACCCCAGCACAGCAAACCAGAGCUCCAGAGUUGGGAGGGGAGCCCCACGCUGGGACUACUCCAGCACCUACAUCAGUGCUAACACACAGACUCACGCUCACUGGCGCAUUGAGCUCAUUUUCCUGGCUCGGGGCGACUCUGAGAACAACAUCUUCACCACGGAGCGCCUGGUCACCAUCCACGAGGUGGAGCGCAAGAUCAUGGACCACCCUCGCUUCCGUGAAUUCUGCUGGAAGCCCCAUGAGGUCCUGAAGGACCUGCCCCUGGGUUCUUACUCCUACUGCUCCCCUCCCAGCUCCCUCAUGACCUACUUCUUCCCCACUGAGAGAGGAGGGAAGAUUUACUACGAUGGCAUGGGACAAGACCUUGCUGACAUCCAAGGAUCCCUGGAGCUGGCCAUGACCCACCCCGAAUUCUACUGGUAUGUGGAUGAGGGCUUGUCUGCUGAGAACAAGAAGAGCUCCCUGCUGAGGAGUGAGAUCCUCUUCGGGGCCCCACUGCCCAACUACUACUCGGUGGAGGAUCGCUGGGAGGAGCAGCGCCGCAAGUUCCAGAACUUUGUCAUCACCUACGUGGCCAUGCUGGCCAAGCAGUCCACGAGCAAAGUCCAGGUGCUGUAUGGAGGGACAGAUCUGUUUGACUAUGAAGUGAGGAGGACUUUCAACAAUGACAUGUUGCUGGCCUUCAUCAGCAGUAGCUGCAUCGCUGUCCUGGUCUACAUCCUCACCUCCUGCUCAGUGUUUCUGUCAUUCUUUGGCAUUGCCAGCAUUGGGCUGAGCUGCCUGGUGGCUCUGUUCCUCUACCAUGUGGUGUUUGGGAUCCAGUAUCUGGGUAUACUCAAUGGUGUGGCUGCCUUUGUCAUCGUGGGGAUUGGAGUUGAUGAUGUCUUUGUUUUCAUCAACACCUACCGCCAAGCCACGCACCUCAAGGACCUGCGACUGCGCAUGAUCCACACGAUCCAGACAGCAGGGAAAGCCACCUUCUUCACCUCCCUGACCACAGCUGCAGCAUAUGCUGCCAACAUCUUCUCUCAGAUCCCAGCUGUGCAUGACUUUGGACUCUUCAUGUCCCUGAUUGUGUCCUGCUGCUGGGUAGCUGUGCUCUUCACCAUGCCAGCUGCUCUUGGAAUAUGGACCCUCUAUGUGUCCCCAUUAGAGAGCUCCUGCCAAGCCAGCUGCAGUCAGAAGUGCACCAAAAAGAGUGCCUUGCACCUGGCUGAAGAUCUCUUCAUUGCCUCAGCAGCCCCCUCCAGAGCAGGCAGAGAGACCCUUCCCUACCUUGAUGAUGACAUCCCACUGCUCAGCGUGGAGGAGGAGCCUGUCUCCCUGGAAAUGGGGGAUGUCCCCUUGGUGUCUGUGAUGCCAGAAAAUCUGCAGCUCUCUGCAGAGAAGAGCAGCCAGGGUCACUUGAUAACUCAUCUGCAGGAGCUGCUGGAGCACUGGGUGCUGUGGUCUGCAGUGAAGAGCAGAUGGGUGAUUGUGGGGCUCUUUCUGCUCGUUUUGCUCCUGUCCAUAUUCUUUGCCAGCCGCCUCCAUCCAGCCAGCCGUGCCCCAGUCCUGUUCCGGCCAGACACAAACAUCCAGGUGCUACUGGACCUGAAAUACAACCUGAGUGCUGAAGGGAUCUCCUGCAUCACCUGCUCAGGUUUGUUUCAGGAAAAGCCCCACAGUUUGCAGAACAACAUCCGAACUUCCUUGGAAAAAAAGAAGAGGGGCUCAGGUUCACCUUGGGGAAGCAAAGGCAGCAUGAGUGAUGCAGGGCAGCAAGAGCUCCAGGGCACUGUGUAUAUCUCCAAGUCCAGGAGCAAGGGAAGACCAGCAAUCUACAGAUUCUCACUCAAUGCCAGUGUCCCCGCGCCCUGGCAGAUGGUGUCACCGGGGGACGGGGAGGUGCCUUCCUUCCAGGUGUAUAGAGUGCCUUUCGGUAACUUCACCAGGAAGCUGACAGCUUGUGUGUCCACAGUAGGGCUGCUUAAGCAGAUGAGCCCCAGGAAGUGGAUGAUGACCACCUUGUCCUGUGACACCAAGAGGGGCUGGAAGUUCGAUUUCAGUUUCUACGUGGCCUCCAAGGAGCAGCAGCGCACACGGAAACUGUAUUUUGCCCAGUCUCACAAGCCCCCUUACCACGGCCGAGUGUGUGUGGCACCUCCGGGCUGUCUGCUCAGCUCUAGCCCAGAUGGACCCACCAAAGGCAUCCUCUAUGUCCCCAGUGAAAAAGCACCCAAAGCAAAGCCGUCAGCCACAUCUGGAUUUAACCCAUGCAUGAACACAGGCUGUGGGAAGCCAGCAGUGAGGCCACUGGUGGACACUGGAGCCAUGGUGUUUGUGGUGUUUGGGAUCAGAGGCGUGAACCGCACCAGGCGCCAGGACAACCACGUCCUCGGAGACAUGGGCAGUGUUAUCUACGAUGACAGCUUUGACCUCUUCAAAGAGAUUGGCAACCUGUGCCGCCUCUGCAAAGCCAUUGCCAGCAACUCUGAGCUGGUGAAGCCCGGAGGGGCUCAGUGCCUGCCCUCGGGUUACAGCAUCUCCUCCUUUCUGCAGAUGUUGCACCCGGAGUGCAAGAAUAUCCCUGAGCCAAACCUGCUGCCAGGGCAGCUCUCUCAUGGGGCAGUGGGGGUGAAGGAUGGCAAGGUGCAGUGGAUCUCCAUGGCCUUUGAGUCGACAACCUACAAGGGGAAAUCAUCCUUCCAGACAUAUGCAGACUAUCUGAAAUGGGAGACAUUCCUGCAGCAGCAGCUCCAGCUCUUCCCAGAGGGCUCUGCUCUCCGGCACGGCUUCCAGACCUGUGAGCACUGGAAGCAGAUUUUCAUGGAGAUUAUAGGAGUGCAGAGUGCCCUGUAUGGCCUUGUCCUCUCGCUGGUCAUCUGUGUGGCUGCUGUGGCAGUGUUCACCACACACAUCCUCCUCCUGCUGCCAGUGCUGCUCAGCAUCUUAGGGGUUGUCUGCCUGGUGGUGACCAUCAUGUACUGGUGUGGCUGGGAGAUGGGAGCUGUGGAAGCAAUUUCCCUCUCCAUCCUGGUGGGCUCCUCUGUUGAUUACUGUGUGCACCUGGUGGAGGGAUACCUGCUGGCAGGGGAGAACCUGCCUCUCCAGCAGGCAGAGGACCCCACGGCGUGCCGGCAGUGGAGGACGCUGGAGGCCGUGCGGCACGUGGGGGUGGCCAUCGUCUCCAGCGCCACCACCACCCUGAUCGCCACCGUCCCGCUCUUCUUCUGCAUCAUUGCCCCCUUUGCCAAGUUUGGGAAGAUCGUGGCCCUCAACACGGGCGUGUCCAUCCUGUACACGCUGACUGUGAGCACAGCCCUGCUGAGCACCAUGGCGCCCGGCACCUUCACCCGCAGCAGCACCUCCUGCCUCAAGGCUCUGCUGGCCGUGCUCCUGGCCGGCCUGCUGGCUCUCUGCAUCUGCCUUGCCCUGCUCAAGAGUGGAUUUCAGAUCCCCCUCCCCAAUGGGACAGCCCUGUAAGACCCAACGGGACAGCCCUCUACACGCCAGGCCGAGAGAGCCGCGUUGCUCCUUUGGUUUUUUCUUUUCUUUUGAAAGAAUAUUUUUUGUAAGGAAAAAAAAGAGGAAAAAAAAAGUCCCUUUUUCAUGAA